AUGUUAGCCUUCAACAACAAAAAUAAAGUCAUCAUCAAGGGGCCACUGCUACCACUAUCCAUUCUAACAUUUCUCUUUGCCACUUCCUUUUCCUUCGUUUUUGGAGCUGAUGGAGCCGACUCCUCUCAUUUUCCGACUGCCGUUUCAGGGGGUUUUGGCAAGCAGAAUUAUGGGGUGUUGGUUUCUUCUUUGAGGACAACACAAAGGAGGGUUCUUGCUGAUGACAACAACAUUACUCCUUAUACUGCUAAUACCACUCCUGAAGGUGACGAGGAGCCUCCUUUGAACUCCACAUAUCUCACAUUGGCUGCAAAGAGGACUUAUAGAAAAGAUCCCCUGGAUGGAUUCAACAAAUAUACUGGCGGAUGGAACAUCAGCAAUGAACAUUACUGGGCUUCCGUGGGUUAUACAGCUGUUCCUUUUUUCCUUGUUGCUGGGAUUUGGUUUCUGGUGUUCGGGCUGUGCUUACUCCUCAUGUGCCUUUACUUCUCUUGCUGUCGAAAGGAACCUUAUGGAUAUUCUCGAACUGCUUACGCCCUCUCGCUAAUCUUGCUCAUAUUCUUCACUGUUGUAGCAAUUGUAGGAUGUAUUACAUUGUAUGUUGGCCAGGAUAAAUUCCACACCAGUACAACACGUACACUCCAGUAUGUUGUGGAUCAGGCCGAUGGCACAGUUAGCAAUAUUAAGAAUGUGUCUGGUUAUCUUUCCGCAGCAAAGCAGGUUGGGGUUGCUCAAGUUUUCCUUCCUGCAAAUGUGCAAUCCGACAUAGAUGAGAUUCAGAACAAGCUCAACUCUUCUGCCACCACUCUUUCUACACGAACGGAAAAAAAUUCAAAAGAUAUCAGAGAUGUCAUAGCUUCUGUGAGGUUGGCUCUCAUCCUUCUUUCGGCUAUUAUGCUUUUCUUGACAUUCCUGGGAUUCGUGUUUUCAUUAUUCGGCAUGCAGCUUCUUGUUUACACUUUGGUGAUAGCUGGAUGGAUUCUGGUGACUGGAACCUUCAUAUUAUGUGGAAUUUUUCUUCUUCUCCACAAUGUAACAGGAGACACAUGUGUAUCAAUGAAUCAAUGGGUCCAAAACCCUACUGCUUAUACGUCGUUGGAUGACAUUCUGCCUUGUGUUGACAAUGCCACAGCACAAGAGACCUUGAGUAGAAGCAAAGAAGUAACCUCCCAAUUAGUUGAAGUAAUUAAUGAGGUCAUCACUAAUGUAUCUAAUAUAAAUUUCGCACCUGCUUUCGUGCCCUUUUAUUACAAUCAAUCUGGUCCUCCACUGCCAUUGCUUUGCAAUCCAUUCAAUGGUGACUUGAGUAAUCGGACAUGUUCAUCUGGGGAGGUGGACCUGGACAAUGCAACCCAGGUUUGGAGUAACUACGUCUGUCAAGUUUCACCAAAUGGGGUAUGCGUGACGCCGGGUAGGCUGACUCCGUCACUGUAUGGCCAGAUGGCGGCCGGUAUAAAUGUGAGCUUUGGUUUAUACCAUUAUGGGCCGUACUUGGUUAGCCUGCAAGAUUGCUCUUUCGUUAGACAAACAUUUAAUGACAUAUACACAACUUACUGCCCUGGUUUGCUGCGGUACAGCAAAUGGGUGUACAUCGGGCUUGUGAUGGUUGCGGUCGCAGUAAUGCUGUCGUUACUAUUCUGGGUUAUAUAUGGAAGAGAAAGACGGCACCGUGUUUACACGAAAGAGCAUACCCCAAAACCAACCGAAGGAGAAGUUUACGAAGGAGAUAAACCUGCUUACUAA